GUGAAAAAUUAAUUUAAAAUGAAACUAGUGAAGCCCCAGGCGGUGUGGGCAACUUUCAACAGAAAACUGUUGCUGGCAAUUGUGCUAAUAUCUACGACGCCGGUUUUUGGCGCUCAACCCACAACUGAUACAGUUCACCUGGCGGAGGGGACAUCAAUUGACAUUACUGCCAAUAUAUAUGGCGGCAAUGUACUCCGUACUUACUGCUACCCAGGCAAAGCGCAUUCCGUGCUAAGUUUGUUCGAAACCGUAGAAUUUGUCCUCACCAUUGGCAAUGAUGACUACUCGCAGUAUGGCGGUCGCACACCCGAGGAGGUGCUAGAUCAUUUCAACGAGCAUCGAUCGCUGUUCAGCUUUACACUCUUCUCACAGAAACGUCAGCGCAUACAACUGUCGCCGUUCGAUCAGCAAUGCCUGGGCAUUGCCUCCAGGCAGCCCUACAAUGUGAGUCUCAAUCAUGUGCAAAUGGAUAUGUGGCGUGUGCUGCAAUUGGCUGUGGGUCUGCUUGUCAUUUGGACAGCUGGUCGUCUGGCCAAGAACAGUGUCUUCUAUUAUAUAGCUGGAAUUGUCCUGGGCAUAUGCGCUUCGCUCCUGGUCAUUAUAGCCUUCACCUCGAAACUCUUUCCGCGUCGCCCAAUGAUGUAUGGUGUGCUGAUUGGCGGCUGGACUAUUGGCUUUUACAUACUCAAGCAGUUGGCUAACAACAUGCGCCUCAUACUGCUCACCUAUCGUGACUAUGUGAUGGGCUACUUGGCUAUAACCGGACUGGUUUCAUUUCUGAUCUGCUAUCGCAUUGGACCACCGAAGAAUCCGCGAUCACAGAACAUCAUUAUGUGGGUGCUGCAGGCAAUUGGCAGCGCGGUUGUUUGUCUCAGCAGCUGGCACACCAGCGCCUGUUCUGCAAUUUUAAUUGCCACCUUUGUAGCCUAUUACUUUCCAGUCUCACUGAUCCGCUACGCCCAGACCGUCUAUAGACGCCGAUUUCCGCCCAAGCGCCGUCUGCUUACGAAUGAGGAAUACUACAAGCAGUCUGUGGAGGAGACCACACGAUCGCUGGCCGAGCUGCGCCAGUAUGUCAACAGUCCCAAUUGCCGGCAAUGGAAUAUCAUAAGCGCUUUGCGCGAUCCGAUGCGUUUUGCUUCGUUUGCCAAUGGCGCACCGCAUUUGUACGAUGAGGAAAUCGAAGACUAUUCACGCACUAUCGAGGACUCCAUGGAGGGUGCCGACGAGAUUGAAGCUGAGGAUUAUUUACAAUGCAACAUGUACUAUCGCCCCACAGCCAGGCGUAACAAUCAGCAACGGACACCGCCCCGUGCACCGACCAUUGCCAUCUUUCCACUUCUACCACGUCAUCUGCUGCCUCCAGCACGUCCACCAGUUAAUCAUAACGAACAUGAGUUCGACGUUGAUGACGAUUCCGACGACACCGAACUGUUUGUGGAGCAAGAUUAAGAAUAAAACUAAAACGUAAAACC